GCAGCACGGGCAGUGCAUGCCCGGGUGCCCCGGCGGGGAGCCUAGGCGCGCGCCCUUCCUCCGCACCGCCCCCAGUCACGUGACGCCGGCUGGCUGGCUUCUACGCUUGAGCGCCUUAGCUUGCUCCAUUUCUCCCCCUCCCUCCCUCUCGCCUUCCCUUUCAUUACCCCCCCCACCCCCACCCCGACACCAGUUCUCGCUAGAGCGGCGAGAAGCCCGCCCAUACGUCCGCUUGCUUCUCAUGCUCAUUGGCUGAGGCGCCGAGGACGCGUCUCCAGGGCGAGUGGCAGCCAUUGGUGCGGGGGGCGAUCCGAGUUCCCGGAUGAGGGAACAUUCUGCAGUAUAAAGGGAGCGGGGAAGGCGGGAGACAGCGCAGUUUGAAUCGCGGUGCGCCAGAGCAGUAGCCGGCGGGAUCUCUGCCCGAGUGUUUGCUUGGUCCGUUCUCUGCCGUGAGCGUGUGUGCGAGAGAGCUUCACGCACAACUCAAAAUGGCUGGCGGGAAGGCUGGGAAGGACUCCGGAAAAGCGAAGACAAAGGCGGUUUCCCGCUCGCAGAGGGCUGGCUUGCAGUUCCCAGUGGGCCGCAUUCAUCGGCAUCUGAAGUCGCGGACAACGAGCCACGGACGCGUGGGAGCUACGGCCGCCGUGUACAGCGCAGCCAUCCUGGAAUAUCUAACUGCAGAGGUUCUCGAGCUGGCAGGAAAUGCAUCAAAAGACUUAAAGGUGAAGCGCAUUACUCCUCGCCACUUGCAGCUUGCCAUUCGUGGGGAUGAAGAGUUGGACUCUCUUAUUAAGGCAACAAUUGCUGGUGGUGGUGUGAUUCCACACAUCCAUAAAUCUCUGAUUGGAAAGAAAGGACAACAGAAGACUGUUUAAAGGAUGCCUGGAUUCCAUGUUAUCUCAGGACUCUAAAUAUUCUUAACAACUGUCCAGUGUUGGUGAUUUCCAGUGGACUGUAUCUCUGUGAAAACCACAAUUUUGCCUUUUUGUAAUUCUAUUUUGAUUAAGUUGGAAGCUUACUUAGCUUUCCAGCCAACCAAAUUUCUGCAUUGAAGUCUUAACCAUAUUUAAGUGUUACUGUGGCUUCAAAGAAGCUAUUGAUUCUGAAGUAGUGGGUUUUGAUUGAGUUGACUGUUUUUAAAAAUCUGUUUGGAUAUUAAUUGUGAUGCAGAAGUUAUAGUAACAAACAUUUGGUUUUGUACAGACUUUUAUUUCCACUCUGGUGGAUGAGUUCAAUAAAGGUCAUAUCCAAAACAA